GGUGCCCCGCAGCGCGUCCCCGCCCCGCCGCGCCCCCGUUGCGUUGCCGUUGGCGUUGGCGUUGGCGGAGAUGGCGGCGGCGCUGCCGGUGCUCGUCCUGCUGCCGGCUCUCCUCGCCGGGCUCCUGUCGCGUCCCGGUGCCGCUGCGAGUGUGCCGCCUGUGUGCGACAUGUAUGGUGUGCCUGGAUGUCCAAAGGACUACAAUCCGGUUUGUGGGACCGAUGGAGAGACCUACUCAAAUGAGUGUGUGCUCUGCCUUUCAAACAGUGAAGAUAAAAAGGACGUCCAAAUUUACAAGAGGGGACCAUGCUGAUAUGUCAGGAUGGCACCUCAUGAAGAAUAUGGGAGGGACAAAGCCAGUUCAGAUAGAAACAAUACUUUGAAUGUACCUCCUAUGUAGUCUGUCUUAAUAAAUAACUUUGCCUGUUCAAACAAA